AUGGAGUCAUCACAACAUCCGAGGAGCCGUGAUCAGUACACGGUGGGCUGGAUUGCGGCACUCGACUGCGAGCUCACGGCUGCCAUGUCAAUGCUUGACGAGAAACAUGACCAGCCACACGACUUCGAACGCGGACCGAGCGACGACAAUGUCUACGUCUGGGGAGAGAUCAACAAACAUGGCAUUGUCAUUGCGUGUCUCAAAGCAGGAGUCUGUGGCGCAACUUCAGCCGCCACAACGGCCAUGCGUCUCUUGUCCGCGUUCCCGAACGUCAAGUUCGGCCUCAUGGUUGGAACUGGUGCAGGCGUCCCUCAACCGGGAAACAAGCCAGACAUACGUCUCGGCGAUGUCGUCAUCAGCGAGCCAGACGGAUCGACUGGUGGCGUCUACCUCUACGAUCUCGUGAAGGCUAAAUCCGGAGGAGUCUCGGAGGCCAAGGGGUUUUUGAACGCUCCUCCCGGCAUUUUGCUGAAGUCUCUGGUAAACCUUCAGGCUGAACACAAGUACCGUGGAACGGACAUCCAACGGCAUCUCGACAGAAUUACUCCGAACAUGAGAGAACCAGAUGAUGAUUCACCUGGCUUCGUCCAUCAGGGCAUCGAAAACGACCGGCUUUUCAAGCCUCACUGCCCGCACGUUGAGGGCGACAGCUGCAACAACUGCGACCCCAAAGAGCUGGUAGACCGCAACAAAAACCGGACCACGAAACCGAGGUUUCACUACGGCGUCAUUGGCUCAGGAAAUACCCUGGUCAAAGAUGCAAGAUGGAAGGAGCUGGUCUAA